AUGGGGUUUUUUAUUCGCAGCGACUACGAAGGAACGAAAAGAUUGAAAGAAGGAAAUCGAAGGAAAAACUGUUUUGAUGGUGCGGCUUUGGAAUGUGACCUGUUCGAGAAAUGCGCGAAAGUCGACGCGCACAGCCAGAGACCUCAAACGGGGAACCCACCAUUUUCACCCACACGGAUAUCUUGCUUCGUAGCGCUGAGACCUUCUUCCGUUUUCUCCCGUUUCGCACACGACUGUAUAUAUUCAUAG